AUGCACCUCACCUUCCUCCGACGCACGGAAACCGGACCCGCAACAUUCAGCGUCACAGACACAAAACUAGGCGCGCGCACGUCGACUCUACACAUCACCCUCUCGCAGAACGACCGCAACGGCGGCGUCCGCGAGGAGGUAGCGGGCUACAUCACGGUGUCCAACUUCGACACCGAGGACGGACCCAGCAUGGUCACCGGAUUCAACCUGACCCCCGCGCCUGCGCCCGGAGGUGAUGGUUCCACGCCGGUGGAUCUGGCUCGAUUGGUCAGGGACGGGAAGGAUGGGACCUGGUCGCGCUUCGAAGUGCCGUUUACGUCGCUGAGAACGGCAUCGAGACAGAUCGAGAUAUACACGCCUAGGGAGAUGGAGAAGGUGCGGCGUGGGUUUGUCGAGCAGUGGGUGCGGUUCAAGCCGUAUGGUCAGGUGUCGAGGUGGACGGAUGAGACGCUGGGGUUCCUGGUGGAUAUGUUUCCGAUGAUGUUGGAGACGUUUGAUACGAAGCCGUGGAAGGGGGCGGGACAGCGCGAGGAGAAGGAUGAGCUGCGGAAGUACUGGUAUCCGACUGUGUUGUUGAACGUGGAGUUCAAGAAGAGAUUGCCAAAAGAAGGGGUGGAGUGGUUGUACUCCAGAGUGCACACGAAGAUGUUGGAGAAUGGGAGGAUGGAUUUGGAUAUUGUGGUUCUGGACCAGGCGGGUGAUAUUGUUGCGCUGAGCAAUCACGUUGCGUUGGUUGUUGGUGCGGAGAGAAAUACCAGCGAAAGAGGAAGUAAUGGGAAUGGAAGCGCGAAGCCGAAUAAGCUAUAA